AUGCUGCUGUUUGGAAACGGCACCCACUUCAUACACGAGGAUGGGGGCACGGAUCUGCGCAGCGCAGCAGAUGCGUUUUCGUUGCUGACUGACAGCACAGCUGCCGCAUCAGCUACAGCAGCAGCGGCUGCAGCAGCAGCAGCAGUUGCAGCAGUAACUGAGUAA